GUCUGUUAUCUCUGCUUGCUUCUGAAUUGAAGAAUUUCAUGGUGUUGUGGGUGACACAUAUACGUAGAAAAAUUUUAGUGUAAGACACCACAUUGGCACCAACUGUUGGGAAAUGGAAUCAAUGGAAUAUGAGCUCGCUAGAAAUCUCACUCUGUUGUUUUUCGUGGAGCGCCUGCUCGAUAAAGGCGAGCCGAGAACGUUGCACGAUCUUUCCUGUCAGUUUGGUGCCAAGGGUUUCACCAAGGAGAUGCGUCAGAUCGCUGGCGGAUCGCAGUCGGGCCUGAAGAAGUUCCUGGCUCAAUAUCCCGCGUUGUUCAACAUAGACGGGGACUAUGUUGAUAUUAACACGUUUCAAAGGCAUCCUAGCGGCGCUGGCGCGUCAUCCAACAACGAUUACAUCGAGGAAGCGAAGGAAUACUUCGCCAGUAAAAUGAUUCAGUAUGGUGAGGGAACGGAAGUGCCGAUAAAGAGUCUCCUGGGUCACCGCAGUCAAGCCUCCCCGCAGGUGCGCCACAUCUCUGGGCAGCGCAUCAAAGAGUUCAAGGAGUUCCUCAUGAAGCACCCGGACACCUUCCAGAUUAUCGAAGAUAACGUGGUUCUAGUCAGUGAUAUUAAUCAUAGGCGAGAUAAUGCACAUGGCAACUCUGAGCAGUUUCACAAUUUGCCAGUGGCUAAUAUUAACACAGACACUGCUCAACAGCUAUUGGAUUAUGUUGCACAGUGUAUUGAGGCCAAGGGCCCAGUUAUGGUGGACCAACUGUUUCAUCUUAUUGUGUCACGCUUCCCACAAGAGUACUGGUAUCAGAUGUUCAAAACACCGGCCGACUUGAGUGCUUUUUUGAAAAUAUUUUCAGAUAGCUUUCAUGUACAAUCAAAUCUCGUCACAUUAAUUAGCAAGCCAAAAAUACCUGUAAUGUAUCUAAAUGCAAAAUCUAAAGUUAAGACUGAUCCACCAAAGCAAGUGGUUGAAGAGAAGCCAGUUUCCCCCGCUCCUCCAGUAUCAGAGAGUCCUACCCCCUCUGAUGGUACAAAAAGCCCUGCAAAUAGGAUACUCAGCCCCGUUGAAUCUCCCCGUGGUCCACAAGCUAAUAUCGCAAAUCAGACACUCAAGCAGAGAAUAAAUUCAAUUGUCAUAAAAAACUUAGCAGAAAAUAUGGUUAGAGACAGAGUAAACAAUCAUUUAAAUGCACGAGCAGCUGAAGAGACAAAUGGUAUUAUGAACAUUAGGAACAAUAUGAUGGGUGAAGCUUGGAGACAAAAAGUGUUACAAAGUGCAACAGUCAUAGCAAAUGUGAGGGAAUGUGCUACAUUGAUUGACAGCAUUAUGAAUGUUAAGCGUACCACAAAAAGCAUAGUAUCCUUUGAUUGUGAAGGUAUCAAUUUAGGUCUGAAGGGUGUCUUGACUCUAUGCCAGAUUGCCACAAUGAACGGAGAAGUUUACAUUCUCGAUAUUAUGGCUUGUCCCGGAAUGGUAGUUGAAGGCAAAAUAAAAGAGCUUCUAGAGAGUGAAUCCGUUGUAAAAAUUAUUCAUGACUGUCGUAAUGACUCAGUCAAUUUACACAAUCAGUUUGAGAUAACUUUAAAGAAUGUUUUUGAUACACAAGCAGCUCAUGCCGUAUUACAGUUACAACAGCAAGGUGUUCCUGUAUACAAAGUGAAAAAUUUAAGUCUAAAUGCUUUAUGUGAAUUGUAUAAUGCUCCCAUGAAUCCAAUGAAGGAGCAGUUAAAAAAUGUUUAUCGAAGAGAUCAACGCUACUGGGCCAGAAGGCCGCUAACAAAAGAUAUGAUCAUUUAUGCUGCUUCUGAUGUACUGUCUUUAGUAAAUCCAGCUAUUUAUACAUAUAUGUCAACUAGCAUUAAACCUGAAAAUCAACAGCUUUUUGAAGAACUAUCAAAUGAACAAGUCUUCAUGCACAUUCAACCAACGGAAGUAAAAUUAAGGAAACGACAGAGAAAAAUAAACACAGAAGUUGGUGAACUAAAACAGAAGUUAGCCGAGACCACUAAAAACAUUGUCUUAAGCAAUAGGGAAAUAAGAUUACUCAGAUACUUAGAACUUACGGAAGAAGAGAAGGAAAAACUUAAAGGCUGUCAUAAAAUUUCAAAAAAAUUAGAAAAACUUGAAGCAAUGGGACAAGAUAAGGACAGUGACUCUGAUGAUGAUGAAAAAGAAAACGAGAUGGCUAGCUUAGAGUCGAACCCUUCAGAUUCCAUAUCUUCACCACAUUCAACACAACCACCAAGCCUCACAGAGUCGAUGCAAAUGAUGGAUGAGAUUUUAUCGGACACUAAUAUGGACAAAGUUGAAAAAAUUAAUCGUUUGGAAGCCAUUCUCUCGGCUGUGGCGCCAUUGAGUGGAGAGCUUGAGGACAAAUUUUCUCAAACAAUGGAGCAGACAUUGCCUCUACUUAAAAACAAAGAUUGGUCAAACUUAAGCCAAAUCUUAAAUAUCGGGGACACAGAUAGUAAGAACUGUUGCUGCAAAUGUCACAACUCUGGGGAUGAUGUCAAAUGCAAUGAUCUCAAUGAAACAAAGAGAACUGAGGUGGCAUCGCAGACAUUGAGCACGGGGGACAUUGUGAUCACGAGGAUUCACUUCAGAGAGGAGGACAAACUAAAUGAGAGGAUUCUAGAUGCUUCUCCGCCUAACAAGAGGGUAGGUAUCAAUAAUAUGUCUUGAUGACGCUCAGACAACGAAAAUGAUACUUCCAUUUUUCUGAGUGCCACAGUUUAAUUUCGUAACUACUCCCGUAUGUGAUCAAUUAUUUUUUUUACUUAGUUUUUAAGUUUUAAAAAGUGUUUAGAAACAUAGAAUGUUAGAAGUGGGUUCAUGGCCUAGUUUACCGUGUGUCCGAUAGCGGUGUAUUUGUUCAAGAUUGAAUUAAUUAUGUAGUGAGGACAUGCAUUAGCGAGUGUAUCUUAAACACCUACGCCGUAUGCUCAUUUGAGCGAAGACUCGCGUGUACAUUCGAACAAAUGCAACGGUUUUACGCAUAAUAUAUACGGCUACUUAAUUCCUUCACAUGGAAUUGUCAGUAUAUGCUGUUCAAUCACUUAUUUUAUACUUAUUUAUUUGGCUAUUGCCGAAGCAAUCCGAACUUAUAUGUGAUAGAUUUAUGGCCUUGAUUUUUUUCUCGAUCUGUUUUGCAUUGUAAAUAAGAUAAGUAUGAUAAUAUUGUUUAGCAUGCGGUCAUCUGUUACAGAACGGAAUGAUCGAGUAGGUUUCAAAAAGAUAGUGCGAGUUGUAUCUUAAUAUUUAUCAUUCUGUAUUGUAGCUCUUGCUACGAAAACUAUAUCAAAAAAUGGCAAUAAUAGUUAUACAAUAAAAGUUUUAUUGUUCAAAUAUUUAACUGAAUACUGUUUAGAUUUAUUCUAGUGUUUAAUCAUUAUUAUAUAGGGUUAGUGUCGAAAGAGAUUUAAUAUAAUGAGGCGGUGCUUGGAAAAUAACUUAUUGUAGGGAUAACGAGUUAAUCGAUUAACUACUGUUUAAUAUUUUGUACAAUAGCGAAAGGUCUAUUGUUUUUUUUUUAAUAAUUUUGUGCCUUCGAGUCAUAUCCAACGGAUGCCUUUAUGAUAUACUAAUAACAUGGACGUGUAGCUUUUAUACGUAUUUAGGAAAAUAUGUACACUCACUUUAGAUGAAAUUUAUUUAUAAAAUUCUCGUUAGAUCGAAGUUAUUUCGAAUUUUUACAAAAAUUUAAAUAUCAAGUGAUAUCUACUAAUAUGAAAUCAAUGUAAGCUUCAUUGAACAGUAGGUAUUACUAAACGUGUUGUAUUCCUUCGAAUAGUUUAUUUCUGUGUUAUAUGCAUAAUAAAAACGUUAAAACAUAA